AUGGGCUCAAUCGGCCAAGCGCCCAUUGACACAGCGAUAGCUAGUCACCACUUAUCCAGCCGAGGCGCCCAAAAUUAUCUAUAUCGCGAUAUAUGGGGUCCGCGGCAGAAGUAUAUGGGAGAUCCAUGGUCACCGAAUAACCCUAAUGGAACCGUCAUCCUCCGUCUCGCUGAGAAUAGUCUCAUGCACGAUGAAAUCGCAGAAUUCAUUAAUGCGCAGGCCAAAGUCCAUCCUCUCAACCACCUAACUUACAGUACCGGACCGCGCGGCUCACGCCGUCUCCGAAAUACAGCAGCGUCAUUUCUAACCGAGGAGUUCCAUUCACGUGAUGUAAUCACAGCAGAUAAUAUCUUCAUCACACCCGGUGUAGCCAGUGCCAUCGACGCGUUGGCUUGGGCGAUUUGCAAUGAUGGAGAGGGUAUCCUCAUCCCGCAGCCAUUAUACAACGGCUUUCAUUUCGAUAUGUUGAAUCGAAGUAAUGCGCGUAUUGUGGGUGUUACGUAUGAGGGGAUUGAGGGAUAUAAGGGUCUUGAAGAUUUGUUUUCCCCGGGGGUGAACAGGAGGGCGCUUGAGAGUGCGUUGAGAAGGGCUGAGAGUGAGGGCAUUCUUGUUCGGGCUGUUUUGGUUUCGAACCCACAUAAUCCGUUGGGGAGAUGUUAUCCCCCCGAGACCCUAAAAGAAUUUGCCUCCUUCUGCGGCAAGCAUGGCCUACACUUCAUCUCUGACGAGAUCUACGCACAGUCCGUCUUUCCUAAUCCCGCAAUCCCAAUCCCGGUCCCAUUUAUUUCCACCCUCUCCUUCGACCUCCGCGACAUCAUCGACCCAAACCUCAUCCACAUACUAUACGGCGCAAGCAAAGACUUCUGCGCCAACGGGCUACGUCUGGGUUUCAUCUGUACGAACAAUGAAGGCAUUAUAGGCGCGAUGUCGAGUAUCAGUAUGUUUUCCUGGUCACCGCAUCUCCUCCAAGAUGUCUGGGCUGCUAUACUCGAAGACAGACAGUGGAUGAGAGGGUUUAUGCUGAAGAAGACCAACCUCAUGGCUGAGAAUCAUACUAUUGCGACGUCGUUUUUCCGACUACGAGGGAUCUGUUACUUCGAGAUGAAUGCGGGUCUGUUUAUAUGGAUCGAUCUUCGCCAUUUACUUCUAUCCAAAUCGGUGCAGUCGGGGUAUGACUAUAGCGCAUUGAGGGUUACAUCUCCCGAUGCUAGUAUUUACAAACAGCGUGAGAUGAGGAUUGCAGAUAUCUGUAUGGAAAAUGGUGUUAUGAUUGCGCCAGGGAAUGUGUAUAUGCCGGAAGAGUUUGGGUGGUUUCGGAUAACGUUCACUGUAGGGAAAGCGGCGUUAGUGGAGGGGUUGGAGAGGUUUUGGAGGGCAUUGGGGGAUAUCGAGAUGGAAAGGAGGGAUUGGGAGUAA